AUGAUAUCCAAGAAUCCUCUCUCUCAUGCCAUAGUGUCUCAGAAUGUGGAAAAAAUCUGUGCUCACUGCAAUCAGGAUGCUCCAGUUUAUGGCCAAAUAUAUGCUCAGGACCUCGAAGUGGGUGAGGCCAUCGAUGAGUUAUCAACUGAAGAAAAUCUUCUUCAGGAGCAGCCACUAAGGGUGAUUGAGUCUGCUAAUGAGAAUAUGGAACCUAUCUUACCAAUCUGUACAUCAAACAUUGAGACAAUUUUCUCUCCCAUUCUGGAGUCAAUCUGCAAUAAUGAUGGAAGUGAUAGUCUUUAUGUACCACAGCUGGAUAGCGAAGACAGUGAUGAUAGCAGCAAAAAUUCUUGUAAAUAUCAAGCAAGCAAUGUCUCGGACUUCUACAUAUCUGACAUGAUUUUCUCUACAUCGCCUAUUGGAGGCAAUUCUGAUUAUUGCAGCAGCAGAACAGAUUCGAUUUUUCUUCCUGAUUAUCAAUUCGAAGAGUCCAGUUUACUUUGUGAUCUGACCGAGGAGUAUAUGAUGUUGCCCUUUUUGGAGGAUACUUUAGAUAAUACUGGAAUUGAUGAUAAUGGUGUCACAUGUUCAACAGAGACCAAUAGUUCCAGCUUUUACAUGGCAAUUCAUCAAUUAAGAUCAUGUGACCAAGAUUCUCACAUGAAUUCCUUCCCUUACCAAGAUCACGAGUACCUUGAUCCACAAAUGUAUAUCAGGAAUCUUCCGGACCAGCCAGACAUGGAAUUUCCAGUUCCAGUGCCGAAUAAUAAGGAAAGUAACAAACAGAUAACUUUAGUGCUCGACUUAGAUGAAACACUCGUUCACUCUUCAUUAGAACACUGUGAUGAUGCGGACUUCACAUUUCUCGUUACCCUCGACACGAGAGAAUGUACAGUGUAUGUGAAACAAAGGCCUCAUCUAAUGACUUUCCUCCAAAGAGUGGCUGAAAUGUUUGAAAUCGUCGUGUUCACUGCUAGCCAGAGCAUUUACGCGAAACAGCUUCUAGACAUUCUGGACCCGGAUGGAAAGGUUAUAUCCAGACGGGCUUAUCGUGAAUCGUGCACUGUCUCGGAGGGAACUUAUGUGAAAGACUUGACCAUAUUAGGCGUUGACCUUGCGAAAGUUGCCAUAAUUGAUAAUUCCCCCCAGGUUUUCAGGUUGCAAGUGAAUAAUGGAAUCCCGAUCAAGAGUUGGUUUAAUGAUCCAUCUGACACUGCACUUAUUUCACUGCUGCCAUUUUUGGAGACCUUAGUCGAUACUGAUGACGUUCGGCCCAUCAUUGCAAGGAAAUUCGGGGCAGGUAGAUGUGGCCGCGGGUCUGACCGGCACCGGACCGGUCCCGGAAUAAUGCUGUUCAACGAACCGGUACCGUGCCCUUGCGGUUGGGUUCCGAUUCUCCCUUUUUUGCCCAUGCAAUUCGGGUCGGGUCGGGGGUUGGCAGCUGAGGCCAGACCAAGAUCAGGGUAUCGCGCUUGGGGUCUGGUUAGUUUGGUGUCGUUUGUGAUGGUUGAGGUGGGGGUCUCCGGCCUAGAGCAGAGGCGUCUGCCUGGAUUUGGGUUAGGGCCAUUGGAGUUGGGCUUAGUUAGGCGUUUUUCUAUAGUUUUUGGGUCAGAUUACGGGGCUGUGGCUCGGUCCGUUUGGAUGGAGGUCCAUUGGCGUGCCUUUGAGUAG